CCAGUGCGUAUGCGCCCACGCAGCACGCGAAGAAGCGGGCAGCACUCUAUCGAGUGAAGCUUGUAGCACUUCAGCUCACCAACGCCCCCAUAUGGCCGUUUGCACAGCGCUUGAUGGAGAUAAAGUACCAGCAAGGUUAGUGACCUUUCCCAGAGUUUCUCAUGUGUCGCAUCACGGCUCUCUUCUACAAAUCGAUUCGCGGCCCAGCUUCCUUCUUGUCUCUACUUCCAAGGCACUCGCUCGCGCAAAGGGCACUUAGCAUUCAUGUCUCUCACGAGCGUAACGUUUCUCUCACUGUGCAAGAGGUUGGGAUACUUCAGGUUGGCUCCGGGAUCUGCCCCGGCUUUUGCAUUACCGGUGCAGACCUCACAGACGUUUUCGACGCCAAUACGGACUACGGAAGAUUUGUUUGCUGCAUCGGGGAGACGGCUUGUGGAGGCUCUGCAUUGCCGCCUGAGAGGCGCCGCUCCAACGUUGGAUGAGCAGGACAUGCCAUACCAAAUCUCGACAUGAUAACCGUUGAACUCGGUUACCAAUGAUCAUCACUAGCUGUACUGCGCCGGCUUGUCGCGGGAGUCAUAGGUGUGCUGCAGACGCACUCAACCGUCAAGCUAUUUCAAGCUCCCCACAGGCGGGUGGUAACCAGAUUAUAGCUCUUCAGCGAUGCAUGUCGUCGAGCCUGGGUGAGCUCAUGGUGGGCAGCCGUAAGCUACUGCAAG